AAGAGGGAGCCAUGUCCGGGUGAUAGGAGGCUAAGCUCUUUCCCUCCUCCCGCCGCCCGGCUCUUUAGGGCGGGGGAGAAACCACUCUGCGGCUUGAGGAGGGGGGAUUUUCGUCUUCCUCCCCCUCUCGUGUAGGGAUUGAUGGAAGUGCCUAGGCUCGGGGCCGCGACCGCAUAGUGCGGGGCUUUUCUCCGCCUGGCUUCAGCCGCAAUCUCUUUUCUAUCAGCUUGCUCCCCUCGUCUUCGCCUUCGCCUUCUAACCCCGCAAAGCCCCGGGGCCUGGCCCGUCCCUAGAUUUAUAUAAAUUGCUGACGGGUGAUUUUCUUCUUCUUCUCCUCCUCUCUCUUUUUAUUUUACUCCUUUGAAGUCCUUCGGUCUCUUUAACCGUAACCCUUCGGAACUCCCUGCCGCUUGAUUGCCAGCCUGAAAAACCUUGGAAAGGAAGAGGAGGAAAGCAAUCGCCAUCGACUCAAGCCUCAUCGGCUCCCCUUCUUCCUGCUCCAAUUGAGCAGCUUGUCUCCUGCCCUGAAUUAUCCUGCCCUCCGUCCACUGGCUCUUUCCCCCUUGGCGGGCAGGGAUGCUGCUGUCGCCUCCGCCGUCCUCUUCUUCCUCCCUGCGGUUAACUGCACCGAGCUGUGAAGAUCGAAACAGACUCUGAUCUGAACUGCGAAAAUGUGGCAAAACAUUGGCCUGACACUAGUGGUGAUCGUGGCCACGCUGUUUUGCGUCCUCCUGUUCAUGCUUUGUGGUUGGUAUGUGGUCUGGCAUCUCUUCUUAUCCAAGUUCAAGUUCUUACGUGAGCUGAUAGGAGACACAGGAUCCCAACAGGGGGAUAACGAAGUCACUGAGCCCGAAGCUGAGCAGGAUGUGUCAGCCACUUCGCAGAGAAGUAGGCAGAAAUCGACACGGCAGCGGAGGCCACCGGCCGAAGAAGCAACUUAACACGGGAUUACUGGAUAAUCCUCAAGUGACUGGUGGAAAACAGUUCCAUGGUCAAAUGGCUUGGAUCUACUGAUAUGCUGAACGAGGAAAACCAAGCUACUUCAGAAGAGGUUCGGGCCUGAUUUUAACGGAGAGCAAGAUGGGACUUGGAUAAAGGGGGCCGGCAGAAGAAGACAGCUCCUCCAUUUUCGGGGUGCAGUUUGCAGGGAUUUCUGCUCCUGUAUCUUCUCUUCGAAGAUUUGGUUUCAUUGUUACUCCAAUGCAAAUGUGAUCAGCUUUUCAAUGCUGAAAUGGUUACUGACUCAAUAGAACUGCAACUAACCGCCGCUCGCCUUGAGUGUAAUUCUUUAUUUAUGCAUUUUAUCUAGGGAAACAUGUAUUCCUUGAGCCUUAUCCAAGGAUGCAGUGAUCUGCUUUGGGGAAAUGGCCUGAAAAGGUGCCUCUCUCAUAGGUUAAAAUCAAUAUGAGGCUCAUGAGGAGGCUUUAAUAAUUGACUGAAAACGUAAUUGGGUACCUGGCUUCAGUGCACAUCAGGUUUUUGAAAAACCUAAACAUCUUGCCAGACUCGAGUGUGUGUGUGUGUGUGUUUCAUCAAAUCCUUUCUGUUUUCCCUAACAGAGAGGAAAGGAGAAUCUGUUACAAACCCUUAUCCAGUGUCCUUUUUAAAGGAACUAGCUAGUUAGCAUAAAAUGGAUUUUAAUUUUAUUUUCUUGUUUGCAGUCUUUGCACCAAAAAAAUCAUUUGAAGCUAGUUACA